AUGACAGCAGCCGGAUCGACGACGAGGAGGACUUCGGCUCGCAAAGCUGCAGUCUAUCCGACACCGUCCAGGAAAAGCUCAACCGCAUCGCGCGCCAUCAAGACCGAAGUUCAAGAGGUCGUGUUUCCUCGCACGCGCAGCGCGGUCCGAGAAUCUCGCGCAGGGAAUAAGCGCAAGAGAGGUGUAAAGACUGAAAGUGCACAAAUCAACGAGCUCGUCUCUUGGCCGAUCAAGUCGGAACAAGUCGACGAUAAAAGCGGCAUUUCGGAAGCUGCAUCGCCAAGCAAGAAGCAGUCCACUUCGGAACGCAAGCUGGCGUCGUACAAGUCGUCGAUUUUGGCAUCUCCGUUUCCGGACCAUCCACUGCCUACGGCGGAGGAGGCCGACCGAGUCGCGUGGAUCCUGGGCGAGUUUCAUGGCUACAAGCGUGAAUCCGAAGGCGGUCAAGGUCUGCCCAAGUACACUACACCAAAGGGCGACGAUCGGUGGGGAGGGUGCGGAGAUGUUGCAUCUGUUCUCGAUGCGGUUGUGCGCACCGUGCUCAGCUGCAACACAUCGAGCCGCAAUUCAGCUGCGGCUCACCGGUCUCUCACGGAACACUUCGGUGUACGCAACUGGCACGCAAUCCAUGCGGCUCCGGAAUCCGAACUCGUCGAAGCCAUCCGUUGUGGUGGUCUAGCUAACAACAAGGCGCGCACCAUCAAAGGCAUCCUCAAUCAAACGCUCCAACGUCACGGGAAACUCUCACUCGAUCACCUGCACGACGCAACGGACGACGAGAUCAUGCAGGAGCUAGUGAGCUUCAACGGUGUUGGACCCAAAGUUGCCUCGUGCGUGCUGGCGUUUUGCAUCGGCAGGCAGAGCAUGGCGGUCGAUACACACGUCUUCCGACUGUGCAAGGCGCUCGCUUGGGUCCCGGAGAAGGCGAAUCGCGACCAGACGUACUACCACCUGCAUGAGAGGGUUCCCGGUCCACUCAAGUAUGCGUUGCACGUACUGUUGAUCAAGCAUGGAAAGAUGUGUGCAAACUGCUCGGCAAAGGGGUUUGCGACGCUCAAGGAGGAGACAGGUAGCAGCGUGGAAGACGAGGAGUCGAACGAAUGCAAGCAGAGGCCGUGUCCAUUGAAGGCGAACGGGUUACUGGGUAGGAAAGGCAAGGCGUUGAAGGAAGCUGCUGCGGAACGCUUUGCUGGAGUCAAGGUGGAAGAGCAGGAUCCUGCCUCUUUAACGGGAGCGGUUCGUAAGAAGGUCAAGACCAAGUCUGAGUCAUCGAUCGACUACGCUGCGGCGCUCGAGUCGGCUCGCUCCGCUUGCGCUGAUGACUUGCUCAAGAUGCUGCAAAAGCAUCGCGGCACUCGUUCGUCGAAUCCGAUCUCUUCAAACCUCAAAACGCGCAACUUUUCACUCGAGCUGCUCACGUCGUCGCAACUAUCGUCGGAACAACGAAAGCGCAUCUUCAGCCUGUUUGAAACCAACAUGAAGUCGAUGUACCGCAACUCGACACUGGGCUGGAAACCGACGGCAAAGAAGAAGGAGCUGUUCGACGACGAAUCGCGCUUCGUCAUUAUCCGACCCGCACCAGCCGAGGGCGCAGAGAUCGCGGGCUUCACCAUGUUCCGUUUCGACACGGAGCCGUGUUCUCACGACGACCCCGUCGCACGUCCAGGCGAGCAGCAGAUCGAGGUGGCGUACCUGUACGAAAUCCAGAUUCGUCCGCAGAAUCAGCGUGAUGGUUUGGGCACCGAACUCAUCCACGUCGUACAUGCGCUCGCGAAACAGACACACAUGAGAAAGCUAAUGCUGACCGUCUUCGACCAGAACAAGGCGGCCAAGAAGUUUUAUCACAAGAUCGGCUUCAGCGUCGAUCGCAACAGUCCCAGUCUGCACAAGCACAGCACCGUCGACUUUGAGACCAUGUACAAGGCAGUAGAAUCAUAG